AAGUUGUGCUGUUGAUUAUUAAAACGGGAGUGAGCAUUUCUGCUGGACAGACCUGCCGCACACCUACUAGUCAACUAGGCAUAUUUCUAACCAUGGAAAUACAACGGUAAAAGAAAUUCAUUACUCAAGUUCAUUAGAAGAAGUUAAUUACAUAAUUUUACACAGUGAAUGCAGAUUAGUGACUUAUGUGAAAAGGGAGGUUUUGAAAACGUGUGCACAAUGAGUAUUUUAGUUGUCUAUCAUACAUAUUUUACUAUUAAGAAACACUUCCUAUCUCCUGCUUGGCCUGCCCUGACCACUACCUCCAUGGCCCUGACAGUCUUUCCGCAGCAGUGUGGAUGCUAAUUAGUAGGCCUAUCAAUUAGAGACAGGUGGGUUAGGGUGGGGGCGAGGCCUGAUCUCGCCCACACUCGUUGACAAGGAUCUGAACAAGGCCUACACCGGAUGAGACCAGACCAUGCCAGAGGUGAAGAGCACAGACCAUUAUUUGGCACCGCUAAAAGAGGACAUCGAGGAGUUGCUGGGACGUUUCCAGCGGACAAACAGUGUGCGCUAUGAGCGAUUUUCAGCUGUUUGGAGGGAAAUGGACUUCGCAUCAAUUCACUAUGGUAUACCCGGGCGGAGUGAGAUGAGGACGUUCGUCAGACAGGCCCUCUUCACGGGCUACAUCUACUUGGUGCCCCCUUACAACUUCCAGGUCCGAGUGGGAGCUCUGUACAUGCUGUACGGCCUGUAUUACACGCAGUUAUGCUGGCCUCGAGAACAGAUUUGGGUUGCACUGAAGGACUGGAGAGAGAUUCAGGAGUUUAUCCGCGACGCAUUGCGAGGGCAACACUAUGAUGUGAUCUAUGUUUACUCCAAACUUCUGCACGGCAAGGCAUUCUGUUACGCUGCUUUGCCCAUACCGUUGACCUAUGAGAAGAAAUUUCCUGGUCAGAAGAAGCAUGUGGACGAACUGCCCACUGUCCAGCCAGAAGGAGUAAGCACUUUCCUCAGCUCAGACUCCACCAUUAGCCUGAGGCUGAUUCAGGAGAGCUAUGAGAAAAUGAAGGCCUCCCUGUCCAUGACGUCGAGCAUCAGUGCGACUAAGCGGGACAUUGUCAGGCUCAUCCAGGACUGUGCUGAGGACUAUGAAGAGAGCCGGGGCUCCCAAGGCACCAGAAAUAUGAGCAAAGAUUGUGCAGAUCCUGCUGAAGCAUCAGAGAGUGAGAUGUGUUCAGCACGGGCACAGCUGUUGGCUUCCAUCAAAUCGAAAUCCUAUGGACAUCUUGCUGAGGCAUCAAGGUCCCGUCGUCACCGGCAGGUAGAGGGCGAGGUGCCCAGCUCUGAGGACAUGAAGGACAACAAGGACGGAGGAGAGUUCGCUCUAGUCUACCCCAGCGGCAGGAAACGCAUCCUCUCACUAAAGAGGAGGACCCACAGAACCUUUGGAGACGAACAAGAUUAUAAGCCAACAAAGGACUGGCUCCUUGCUCCUUGCCAAGAUGACAAGGCAGCAUUGAAACGGAAAACAAAGAACAGGUUCAGAUGGUGAAUCACAUGAAUUAUUUUGUUGAAAAUAUUGUUUAAAUGUCCUCAUAUUGGAAUGGCGAUAUUUAUUUGACAUUUAUAUCAUGGAAACGUAACUUGUGAAGUUUUUAGGAUUUUCCCUUUCCUUUUUGUUUGUGUUAUCCUUUAUGUUUGUGUUUUUUUGUUUUCUUGUUAAAAUUCCUUUGCACUACAACCUGGGUAUGACGUGUACAGCAUUGUAACAGUUCACUUAAACUCCCAGCAUGCAUAACAACGCUACAGUUAACAGUAAGCUUUAUCAGUGUCAGACGUCUGCCGUUGGUGUUUAAGACAUUUUUUUAUCAGGAGUUUGCUUAGUUUAGUUUCAACCAAAACUGUGACUUCUUAAGCUUACCAGGACAUAAAACAGCUUUUUGGUCCGAGUACGGCUUUGGAGAACUAUCUUUUCAGGUGGUUAGAGUGUAGAAAUUACAUCUUACUUUAGAGCCUUUGUGUGUUUUGUUCUCACUUUGGCUACAGGAAGGAAGGGCGUUUGACUUGUGUGGUAGGAAGUUGUGUGUGUGUUUGUGGUUUUUUUUGUGUGUGUGUGCGCGCCUUCGUGAAUGCAUUUGCUUACAAAUGAGGCACAUUAGUUAAGUUUAUUGAAAUGGAGUUUUAAAAGGCAUGUUGAUACUUAUUUCCCGCUGUUUGCAUAGUUUAAGUUAUACCAGCAGAAACAUUAUGGACUGUUUAUUUAAUGCAAAUGUCUGCCAUUUAAAUCCACUCCCAAGGCCCUGUAGUUGCCCAACUGCUUUGUUGACUUUGACCAGCAGGUGGCAGUGUUACUGCUUGUGUGACAGGUCGGGUCUGAAUGAGCCGACAUGAGACGUCGCUGUUUGUGGCAGUUUCCAUAGAAAUUUAUAUAUAUAUAUAUAUAUAUAUAUAUAUAUAUAUAUAUAUAUAUAUAUAUAUAUAUAUAUAUAUAUAUAUAUUACAUAUGCCUCUUCAAGUGUGUACAACAUGUAAAUGUGACAGGCCUGUUAGACAGGCAGGUUACAUUAAGCAUCCUGUCUCAGUGUUAUCCUGUGAUUCACUCUUAUGUUCCGAUCCCAACAAAAAUAAUUAAAGAAAUGAAAAACCUG